GAUCUUUCGUGGAGGUUGUGUGGCUCAUCCUAGACCUGUAAUUAUCACCAUUUAAAAUAAUCAUUAUCCUGAGAAAUGGCUACUCACGUUGGUCAAAGUACAGACCGACACCUAAUUGACGAACUGGAAGCAGCCUUUAAGGCAUGUUUGUCUUCAUUAAUUGCUCAAGAGAAUGUCCAUGUAAAUGAUCAGAUGGAACUCAAAACAAGUGUUGACCAGUCGAUGCAGAGAUUCCAAGAACUUGCCAAGGAAACUGAGAAUUUCUUUCUCCAACGUCAGAUGCUUAUGGCUACUACAAAACCUGAAAGCAUAAUCAAAGAGGAGAUAGAUGAUCUGAAGACCGAACUGAACAGGAAGAAUGCACUCCUUCAGAAACAACAGACCAAGGUCAACAAUUGGCUUGGGAUUCUUCAAUCAGUAGAAUGUGGUGGACCGCCACAGCAACAACCACAUGCACAACAACAGCAACUCCACCAUGGGCAGAUUCAGCAACAGCAACAACAGCUUGCCAGAGGAACCAUGUCAAUUCCUUCAAGCAACAUUCCCCAGCCACAGAGCGGUGGUGGACAACAACAUCAUGGUGUGGUAGGAGCUGCUACCAUCGCAGGUGGUGAUGCUACUCCCAUUUCAAUAGCAACAACACCACUGUCUGGACCAUUAGCUCAUUUAGAGCAAGCAACUUCAAGUAUUGGUGGCUUUGAUCGUCGAUGAUCACGGACAGUUUGUGAACAGUUAACUUUUUUUUAUGUGAGACAAUGGACCCAGUUGAUAGUCGGUGCGUCUUGGUCUAGUGGUUCUGACUCUUGCCUUUGAAACAGAGGGUGGUGGGUUUGAAUUUUAGCCAUGGCGUGUUUUCCUU